CAUACCUUGACUUGGUCCUCGUCUUAAACGAGAUCCUUAAGUCUCUUUCUUACCAUUAUUUCUUUGGCUUUCCUUACAGUAUCUUCACCUACUUAUUCUCCUGUGUAUUGUAAGACAAACCAUAUAUCUUCACCCUUCAAAACUUUCCAUCCAAACUUCCUUUAUAUAAUGGCAUCAAGCUCUUUUAAAUCUUCAGGCAAUUCUAGCUCCUCAUGGACUCUUAAGCAAAACAAAAAAUUUGAGGACGCUCUGGUUUUAUAUCCUGAGGACACGCCAGAUAGAUGGCAAAAGGUGGCCAGGGCAGUGGGUGGAAAAACAGCUGAGGAAGUAAAAAGGCAUUACGAUAUCCUGUUGCAAGAUCUCAUGCAUAUAGAAUCUGGAAAAGUUCCUCUUCCUAACUACAAGCCCGUUGUUCCCAACGGUUCAAUAUAUGAUGAUGAACAGAGGCUCAUGAAGAAUCUAAAGCUCCAAUAAGGCAAGGGUGUCAUACCAACGAUAGAAUAAGAGCUGUAGAAGCGUUGUUCUCGAUAAUUUCAAGAAUAUAGCUUGCUGUCGGUAUUUCUCUACUUUCCCGCUCUGUUUGUCCUUUCUACCAUAUAUUGCUAAACUAUUGUAACCUGUGAAGCGAACUAUAAUCUAUUGUAAGUUGUAAUCUGAUUGUUCGUGUA